GCCAACUAGAAGUCGAGCGAACGUCGCAACGACCGGUCGAGACUGUGUGGGUAUCGAAGGCAAGAAAAAAAAAAAGUUUUUUUCCAAAAAUAUCGCAAAUUGAAAAUUAAUCUUAACGAUUACUUAAAACACACAAAAAAGUUGGCAGUCGUGUAAAUUAGUCGGUGUCAAAAAAAUUGCAAUAAAGAUAAACCGUCUGGAUCGUUAUAAACGCUAAUUACACGGAGAUAAAAAAUGAACGAGGCGAGCACGACUCAUGAUGUUCCAUCGAGAUUUAAAAAAUAUUUAAAGAAAUCGUCAUUUUAUUGCAAAAUCGUCGAAUUGAUUCUACUCGUAAUAUCGAUCGGCCUGAUCGUGGAUCCCCUGAACAGUGAUAUGGAAAUAAAUAAAAAUCAUGCCGCCAUUAUCUAUACGUCAAUUUGCGGUUAUAUACUGAUAAACACUAUAAUAAUAUUGUCUUAUUUACUUGGCGAGCGUCAGCCUAAGAAAACGUCCAUCGUAUUUUCGACAAUGGGUGCAAUACUGAGCUGCGUCGCUGGACUGAUUUUGAUUCACGAUUGGGAUACCUAUCAGGAUAACCUGAUUUCAAAAUAUUCAUCGCAGUAUUUAAAUCAAAUGUUGUCCAGUGGAAUUUUUGCCAUUUUGGCCAUUCCGUUUUUUAUUCUUGACGCUUAUUUUACUAACAAGUAUCAAUGACGUGCUGCCAUGUUGCACUGAUUGCUACGAUUCUUCGAUCGCACGGGAGGUAACGCUUAAUAAAUCACUCGGACGAGGAAAUGACUUGCCAUUAAAAUUAAUAUAUUACAAUUAAUUACAAUUAAUACAUAAGACUAUCAAGAUUUUCAUUAUUUCAUAUGAUCGAUUUAAUAAAAUCGUACGAGUGUUUACAGUAAAUUGUGACCAUGUAUGAUAUUACAGCUGGAAUAUCAAUUUUUGUUAACUUAAUGAUUAUUAAAGAAAACUUUUAUCUCGAACGACGCCAAUACGAGAACGUGAUGCUUUACAAGAUUGACGUGGCAUCACGAAUACGAGGGGCGUGAAACGUGUUAAAAGAUAACAGAAGGAAGUUAAACGAAAAGGAUAAAAGAAAAAAAAAAGUGAAAAUAGUUACAGAUCGGGAAUUGAACCGUAGCCAAAAAAUGUGUAGUUUGUCACCGAGCCAAUAUACAGGGUGAUCAGAUUAUAAAUGGUCUCAAAUUCUGAUCAACAAAUAAUUCAAAUUAACGAUACACAGCAUGAGGAUUCAUAAGCAUAUAUAAGAAUUUGUCUCCGAAAAUACUGCUAUAACGUACAAAAACAUGUAGGGUGAACUAAAAUUUCAUUGUAUAUAUAUCGACCGAGUCAUUAAAAAAAAAAAAACUUACUCGAAAAA